AUGUCGGCUCCCUUCCAAGACACCGAGCCCCGCCAAUGCUACGGAAUCUGCAGCGACGGGCAGCGGUGCCGCAACUCCAUCAACGGCCGCGCGUGGAGGGUCGACAAUGUGCGCUUCUGCAUCCACCACGCGUACCAGGCCGAGGAUCCGCUCGCCAGAACCCAGGCGGAGAACCGGCGCCUCCGCGCCGCCAACGGCAACCUGCAGGCCAGGGUCGCCGCCGUCCGCCAAAGCCGUGCCGACGCCCGGGCCGAGAACCGACGGCUCCAGGCGAGCAACGAACAGCUCGUCGCGGAGAGGGAACGGCUGGGCCGGGAGAACGGGCAGCUCGCCGGAGCCAUGAGGGAGCAGGUCCAGCAGCUGACGACGGCCAACGCCGUCGACCUACAGGCCAGGGUCGCCGCCGCAGACGACGAGCUCCGCCAAAGUCAAGCCGACGACGUCCAGGACCAGCUCGCCAGAGCCGCGGCGGAGGCCCAGCAGCUCACGGCCGCCAACGACAGCCUCGGCGAGGAAAAGCGACGCCUCCUCGCCCGCAUCACCGCUUCCGAGAACAACACGGCGCGGGUGCGUGGCGAGCUCGACGAGCAGACCAAGGCAAGAGCAGAGCUCGAAGCGGGGAACGAAGAGCUCCGGAGAAGGCUUGCCCAGGCCGACCGGGAGAGCGAAGUAUCGCGCGCAGAGAACAAGGAGCUGCGCGACGCGGUGGCUCGGGCGGAGAAGGCUGCGGCGGAAGAGGCUGCGGCGGAAGAGGCUCGCCGGGAGGCCGUCGCCCAGGCCGCCGGCAAGCUCGAAGAUGCCGAGGGCGAGCUGGCGGAUUCGCGCAGGACCAACGCCACGCUCAGCGCCCAGGUGUGCGGCUUGCAGAGCCGUGUCGGAGCCCUGGAGGCAGAAGCGAGCCGGGCCAGCGCCGAGAGGGAGCGGAUUGCUACUCAGCUUAGCGACACCGAGGGCGACCUCAAGGAUGCUCGUAAGGAGAAAGCUGUCAUCCUCACCAACCAGGACAACGCCGAGGCCCUGCUCAGGCAAGCCAAGGCCUCCCUCCGCCAGGCCAGCGCCGACAACGAGCGCCUGACCACCCAGAUCCGCGACACCGAGGCCCAGCUCAAGAAGGCUCGCGAGCAUAAUGCCACCCUCACCGCAGAGCUCAAGGACAGCCAGGACAGCGGCGAGGCUCUGGAGGCCGACGUGAGCCGCCUAACCACCCAGCUGCGCGCCACCGAGGCCGACCUCAAGGACGCUCGCGCGCGCGACACGACUACGGCCGUGUCGCUCGAGCAGGCACAGGCCAGAGUCAAAGUCCUGGACGCGGAGGUCAACCGCCUGACCGCCCAGCAGAGCAGCGCCGAAGCCGAGCUGCGCAGCGCCCGCGAGCGCCACGCCGCGCUCACCGCCGAGCUCGAGGACAGCCAGGACAGCGGCGAGGCCCUGGAGGCCGACGUGAGCCGCCUGACGACCCGGCUUCGUGAGAUGGAGGUCGAGCUCAAGAACACGCGCGAGCACGACGCGACCACGGCCGCGUCGCUCGAGCGCGCGCAGGCAAGGGUCGAAGCCCUUGACGCAGACGUCAGCCGGGCUAGCGCCGACAACGACCGCCUCACCGCUCGGCUUCGCAGCACCGAGGGCGACCUCAGGGCCGCAGGUGAGAAGAACGCAACCCUCGCCGUCGACCGGGACGAGAUCAAGGCGCAGCUCAGCCAAGCCCACGCCAACAUCGACCGCCUCACCGCCCAGCUCAGCGCCACCGAGAGCAACCUCCGGGCCGCUGGCGAGAAGAACGCAGCCCUCGCCGUGGAGAAGGACAACAUCAAGACCCAGCUCAGCCAAGCCAACGCCGACAAGGACCGUCUCACGACUCAGCUUCGCAGCACCGAGGCCGACCUCGCCGACGCCCAGGGCCGCAUCGACGCCCUCGAGGAAGAAGCCAACCGCCUCACCGUGCGGCUCAGCGACGCCGACGCCGUCGCCGCGACCCAGGUCCGCAUCCUGUCCGAAGACGCCGCCGCCGCCGCUGCUGCCCUCGGCGGAGCCCGCGCCGCAGCCGUGAGUCUCGCUGCGACUAACCGCGACCUCAGAUCUCGGCUUCUGCUCGUCUUCUAUACGACGCGCAUCAGCAUGCUUCGCCGCCGCUCCGUCGCCGCGGCCGAGCGUGUUGCUGCCGAACGUGCUGUUGUUGCCGAGCGCGCUGCCGCCGAUGAGGAGAGCCGGGCCGCCGCCGCUCGCGCGACUUUCGCGUUGGUGGUAGCGGGCGUGAUGUACUUGAUGAGGCGGCGCGGAUGA